ACGUCUGCCCGAAGCAUUCGGGGCUUCGGUUCCUCCGUCAUCACCGCGCAGGCGCACAAGUGGCAUUUGACACGUCGAAAGGUUCUCUCGGUGGAAGCUGUGUAGUAGGAGUGAAUUUCGUCAUAUUUUUGUCUUCUACAACUCUUCAUCAUGCCACUGCGUCUGGAUGUAAAGCGGAAAUUAACCGCUCGAUCAGAUCGUGUUAAAUCAGUUGAUCUUCAUCCUACUGAACCAUGGAUGCUUGCAUCUCUUUACAAUGGCAAUGUUCAUGUAUGGAACAUUGAGAGCCAGCAGUUGGUUAAGAGCUUUGAAGUAUGUGAUCUUCCAGUAAGAGCAGCAAGAUUUGUGGCCCGUAAAAAUUGGGUUGUUACAGGCUCGGAUGACAUGCAAGUUCGUGUUUAUAAUUAUAAUACGUUAGAGCGUGCACACCAGUUUGAAGCUCAUUCAGAUUAUGUGAGAUGUAUUGCAGUACAUCCAACUCAGCCUUUCAUUCUUACCUGCAGUGAUGAUAUGACGAUCAAACUUUGGAACUGGGAUAAAAAAUGGUCCUGCCAGCAAGUAUUCGAGGGUCACUCUCACUAUGUAAUGCAGAUUGUCAUCAAUCCAAAGGAUAACAACACUUUCGCUUCUGCUUCUCUUGACCGUACUGUGAAGGUGUGGCAGCUUGGUUCACCACAGCCGAACUUCACUCUCGAGGGUCAUCAGCGUGGAGUUAAUUGUGUGGAUUACUACCAUGGUGGAGACAAGCCUUAUUUGAUUUCAGGGGCUGAUGAUAGUCUGGUCAAGAUUUGGGAUUAUCAGAACAAAACAUGCGUGCAAACCCUGGAAGGACACUCACAGAAUGUUUCCUCUGUGUCAUUCCACCCGGAGCUACCAAUCAUCCUGACUGGCUCUGAGGACUGCACUGUGAGGGUCUGGCAUGCCAACACUUACCGUCUGGAGAACACACUCAACUAUGGUCUUGAUAGAGUGUGGUGUAUAUCAGCUCUCAAGGGCUCCAACAAUGUCUGCUUUGGCUAUGAUGAAGGCAGUGUCAUGGUUAAGCUUGGUCGUGAGGAACCAGCUAUGUCAAUGGAUGUUAGUGGCAAGAUUGUGUGGGCCAGACAUUCUGAAAUCCAGCAGGCCAAUCUGAAAGCUAUGGCUGACACUGAAAUACAGGAUGGAGAAAGACUACCUUUGGCUGUCAAGGAUCUUGGAGCAUGUGACAUAUAUCCACAGACUAUUGCACAUAACCCUAAUGGAAGGUUUGUUGUUGUUUGUGGUGAUGGAGAAUACAUCAUCUACACUGCCAUGGCAUUGCGUAACAAAGCCUUUGGUCCAGCUCUGGAGUUUGUUUGGGCUUUGGACUCCUCAGAGUAUGCCAUCCGUGAAUCAAACUUCAGUGUGAAGCUCUUCAAAAACUUCAAGGAAAAGAAGUCUUUCAAGCCAGACUUUGGUAGUGAAGGUAUAUUUGGUGGAUAUCUCCUUGGAUGCAGGUCAAGUUCAACAGGACUUGCAUUCUAUGACUGGGAGUCUCAAGAGCUGGUGAGGCGCAUUGAAAUUCAGCCACGGCAGGUUUUCUGGUCAGAGAAUGGAGAUUAUGUGUGCAUUGCUACUGACGAGAAUUACUUCAUUCUUAAGUACAGUACUGAUGCUGUCACUAAAGCCAGGGAGACCAAAGAGGGUCUGACUGAGGAUGGAAUUGAAGAUGCUUUUGAUCUUGUUGGAGAGGUGCAAGAAGUUGUCAAGACUGGCAAAUGGGUUGGAGAUUGCUUCAUCUACACAAAUUCAGUGAAUAGAUUGAACUAUUAUGUAGGAGGCGAGAUUGUUACUAUUGCUCAUUUGGACAGGACUUUGUAUCUUUUGGGCUACAUUCCCAAGGAUAACCGCCUGUACUUGGGUGACAAGGAACUAAAUGUGGUAUCAUAUGAGCUGCUAGUGUCUGUCUUGGAGUAUCAGACAGCUGUUAUGCGUCGUGAUUUUAACACCGCUGAUCGUGUCCUUCCCACAAUCCCACCUGCCCAUCGCACUCGGGUUGCCCACUUUUUAGAGAAGCAAGGGUUCAAGAAGCAGGCUUUGGCUGUUUCCACAGAUCCUGAACACAGGUUUGAUCUUGCCCUGAGUCUGGGUGAACUAGAGGUGUGUCAUCAGCUUGCUGUUGAGGCUGGUUCAGAGCACAAGUGGCGGCUGGUUGCAGACUUGGCACAACAGCAGGGAGACCUCCAAACCGCUCAGACAUGCCUCCUCCGUGCCCAUGAUUACCCUGGAUUGCUUUUACAGGCCACAGCCUCUGGUAAUGCUGGAUUGAUCAAAGAAGUGGCAACUGAAGCAGAAAGCCAAGGUCGAAAUAAUGUAGCCUUCUUGUCCCACUUCCUGACGGGUAAUUUGAAGGACUGUUUGGAACUCCUGAUAAAGACCAACCGAAUUCCAGAAGCGGCAUUCUUUGCAAGAACUUAUAUGCCAAAUGAAAUGUCCCGUGUUGUUGGUCUGUGGAAAACUGCUGCUGGAGAGAAGAUUGGUCAGAGUUUAGCUGAUCCUGCACAAUAUGACAAUCUUUUCCCUGGGCUGAAAGAUGCUGUAAAAUCUCAGCAGUAUUUACAGCAGACAACAAAACCAAUCCCAGCAGCAUCUGCAUCUUCCGUGCCAGGCAACCAUGAGCGCAAUAUCCUUGAGGAAAUGCGAUCAGCAGAAACAUCUGGAGCCUUUGUCUACAUUCCACCAGAAGGAGAGGAUGUUGAAUUUGUUGAUGCUCCACAGCAACCAGAGAAAGGAAUAGAUAGCCUGAGUGAGGAAGUACUAUUAGCUCCAUCAGCACCUGUAAUGCCUGCAUCAUUGCCAGUAACUGUUGCUUCUGAACCUUUGAUUCCAACACCUGCUGCACCAUCUGCAGCUGUCCCUACCCCAGAAUUGAUUGAUGAUGACAUCACAAAGGAUGUUGGUCAAGAGCUUCGUGAAGAAUUUGAUGCAUUUUCUAACCCUGAUGAAGAUGACUGGGGAAGCAGUGAAAAUAUUACUGGGGAUGAUAAUACCAUAGUGGCCUCUGCCAGAGAAAAGGUUGAUGUUUGCAAAGAUGAAAAUGAACUUGAGGAGGUGGAGGAGGAGGUAGGAGUGGAGAAGGGGGGGGAGAUGGAGGAGGAGGAGGAGGAGGAGGAGGAGGAGGAGGAGGAGAAGGAAAAUAUCUUAAAACUGGAAGAGGAGAAGGAAGAGAGAUUGGAAGCAGCAGGAUCUGCAUCCUCUUCCACAGUCCCCAGCAGGAAGAUGUUUGACUGGGAUGAAGAUGAAGCAGAAGACUGGGGAUUCCAGCAGACCCCCCAGAAUGAGCUAGGAGUUUUUGUGGACUUGACUCAUGAGGUACCAGCUGAUGGUGACAAUCCAGAUCAUGUGACAGGAGUCUCACAAUUGAUAGACUUAGACAAGCCAGAAGAUUUAGCAUCACCUAGAUUGGUCUUAGGAAUGUCUCCAGGUAGAAUUUCAACCCAUGAAACAACAUCCCAAGAUUUGGGCCCUUCUGCAACUGAUUUUGAAUGGGAUACAUCUGUGUUAGAUACACUUGUAGACAGUUUUGUCAUGCAGCCACAGAUUAGAAAUCCAGGUGUGAGUGGGAGGCCACCAAUAGAUCAAGCACAAUUGGAGAGAGAGUUGGAGUUGGACCUUGAAAAUGUUCGCAUUGAAGACAACAUUGAUCCUAAUGAUGUGAACCUGGAUGAAGAAGAAUUAUUGGCAGACUAAUUGAGAUUUGCUGAUGCAGUGCUUCAUCCAUUUUCUUUUGUUAUCUUUAUUUUAAGUCUUUUUAUGUAAAUAGGAAAAAAAAAAAACAUAUAUUGCAGUUGUUUGUUUUCUUUAAAAAUUUUAGGUGUUGUAGGUUUUAAAAGGAAUAUUAGCUAAUUCAGAUGGCGCUGAAAGAAUUGUGUUUAUUUUUGUGAAAUAUAAAAAAGGAUAAAUUCAGGCCUUUUUUGAUUAUCAAAUUGGUAUGUGUAGAGGGAUUAUAGAUUGUUCAUGCUAAGAUGGCAAUAGUAAUUUUGGUUUAAUGUACCAGUGAACAAACCUGUUGCACCAUUUAUUUUGCUUAUUUAUGGAACAUGUAUUGAAAUGAGGAUCAUUCCAUAUUUAACUUUUAUACAAAGUUGGAGGUGAAUAAAAGUUAACUUCAUCAACAUGUAUUUAAUUGAACCAGAGACAUAUAUAUAUUGUAGAUAUUUAUUUUGUGAUGAACUUGAAAUAAUUUAAAUAACUGAAGAAAAGUUUGUUCUAUUUGCACUAUUUCAACAACACAUUCAUACCAGUUUAACUAUUAUAUAGAAAUGACUUCUUGUGAACAUAAAUGCACAUUUGCUUGGAAUACUGUUAAACAAGUUGCUCCAAAUAUAUAUAUAUAUAUCACUUCAUUUUACAGUAAACCAAGAGAUCCAUAAUAUAUACCUCUACAGAUGUUAAUUUUAUGUUGUUAUUCAUGACUUUUUCCCCCAUUCCUGUGUACUGUAUUUAUAUUAAUGUUAAUGAGUUAUGAAUGAUAUGAUAAUGCAGUAUGGUUUAAUGUACAGUGGGAAUGAGAAGAUAUGACACUUAGAUACUUGGGAACAAGAAAUAAAAGAGGUUAUUGAAAAACUGACAUCUUUUUCUUCAGAUACAGAUUGCUUUUUUGUGAGAUCCUAUGGUUCUAUAUUUGUUAAAACAAUAAACAAGUUUGUGUA